UUGAACGCGUCACUUGGGUUAUUUUGGUUGUGAACGGGUGCGAAAGCCGCUAAUUUCUGUUUUGGUAGUGGAAAUAAAAAUUGAAAUCAUCUGGUUUUGUGGGCUUCUCGCGAAUAACAUCAGGUGCUUAAAAACAUCAACACCGAAGCGAGGAGUGUGAAGCUUAAGGAGAGACAACAACUACAAUUAGUCAGAUAUAGAAGAGCAGUUUCAAACAUCUGGCAGUUGAAGACCCAAAAUCUAGAUUGAAGCUAACAAAAGAAAACGGCAGGCAGACGGACGGACGUUUUCGCAGCUAAAAAUAAAAAAUCAACAAAAAUCCAAUGUACAAGAAGCCAAACAUCUAAACUCAAUUUAAGGCAUACUAGUGGGUAAAGAGGACUUCAGGUCUUACUCAAGAAAUUUUGAAACGGAAUAAGUUUGUGCAAAAGGAUUUCAAAAGAAACGGAUAAGGGGUGUGCGACAAGCGCAGAGGGGGAGGCUUAGUUGGGCCACAUUCACAAACAACAACUGGAGACUUUGGUUGUACUAUUCCAGCACAGACGAUUUCACCCUAGACCACCAUGGGCGAUGCAGUGGAAGUUCGAAAUGGCUAUAAAUAUUAUGGCAGCAAAUCAAAGCCCAAAAUCAUACUCAACUAUUUGAAUAUGAACGUGGAGCGUGGAUCCAUCUAUGGUCUACUGGGAGCCUCAGGUUGUGGGAAAACCACUCUGUUGUCAUGUAUUGUGGGCCAAAGGCAAUUUAAUAGCGGUGAUGUUCGCGUCUUGGGCAUGAAACCCGGUUUGCCAGGCAGUGGCGUACCUGGCUCUAGAAUAGGUUAUAUGCCCCAGGAAAUUGCCUUGGUAGAGGAAAUGACUGUCAAAGAAAUUAUCUACUAUUUUGGACGCAUUUAUGGCAUGAAAGAUGAUAAAAUACGUGACAAAUUCAAAAUUUUACGUGAUUUGCUACAAUUGCCCCAAGCCAAUCAAUUGGUCAAAAAAUGCAGUGGUGGUCAAGCAAGACGUGUCUCAUUUGCCUGUGCCAUGAUACACGAUCCUGAGCUAUUGAUAUUGGAUGAACCGACAGUGGGUCUGGAUCCAAUGCUAAGAGAGAAAAUAUGGGAAUUUCUAGUGGAGACAACGAAAAAUAGUAAAAUGGCUGUGAUUAUAACAACGCAUUACAUCGAAGAGGCAAAGCAAGCAAAUAAGAUUGGUCUUAUGCGUAAGGGCGUGCUAUUGGCGGAGGAUACUCCCGAUAAUAUAAUGUUGCGCUUUCAAGUGAAUUCCAUUGAAGAUGCCUUUCUGAUACUAAGCCAAAAACAGGGUGACAAUGAUGUCAUUGAGGCUGGCAUGGUGCCAUUGCCAUCACAGCAACAACACGCCUCAAAUGCUAUAUGCAAUGGCAUAGAAGUUAUUGACUCCUCCACCAUUACACAGGCCAGUGAAAAGUCUUUGAGCGAGAAGCAUAAUUCCCAAAUCGUUGAUGAGGAAAAUGAUAAUAGUAAAAAAUUCCUAUUUACCACCAAGGGACGCAUAAAAGCCUUAAUGACGAAAAAUUUUGUACAACUUUUCCGCCAACCUUCAGGCAUUAUCUUCAUGUUAUUAUUUCCCAUAAUACAAUUAUCCUGCUUCUAUGUGGCGGUAGGCAAAACUCCCACAAAUUUGAAAUUGGGUAUUGUGAAUGAGGAAGUUCCAAACUGGCAUACCUGCUAUGAAGAAAAUCUAAAAACUGUUAUGCCUGGCAAUGAUACUUGCAAUUUUAGAAUGUUAUCUUGUCGCUAUAUAACCGGUCUUGAUGGUGCGGAUCAUUUGAAUAAGAUUUUCCAUUCAAGUUUGGAGGAGGCUCAUCGCGAGGCCAAGAAAGCCAAUACUUUGGGUUACAUUUAUUUUCCCCACAACUUCUCCAGUUCCAUGCAAGUUUUCAUGGAAGAUGGCCGUUAUGCUGAUGAUUAUGCUAUAGAAAAUGCUGAGGUAACUGUACACCUGGAUAAUACAGAUCGCCAAGUAUCAUUCUAUAUCGAACGCAAACUAUACGAUCUCUAUUCGAGUUUUGUCAAAGACAUUGCCAGUGAUUGCAAUUAUCCUCCAAAAGUUGCCUCGAUACCGGUACAUAUGCACGAACCAAUCUAUGGUACACAGGAUAUGGAGUUUCAACGAUAUGUGGCCCCAGGAGUGGUGAUGACCAUGGUUUUCUUUUUGGCCACUUUAUUGACAGCCUCCGUUUUCAUUGAGGAACGUUUGGAUGGUGUUUGGGAUCGCACAUUGGUUGCUGGCGUUUCGGCCAUACAAAUGCUGUGGGCCCAUCUAUUGUCACAAUUCAUUAUCAUGGUGGUGCAAAGUAUUGAAGUGAUCGUUUACAUUGGCGUAGUCUUUGACACCUACAAUAGGGGCGAUACAGCAACUCUGAUAUUUUUAUUGACACUGACCUCAUUUUGUGGCAUGUUAUUUGGUUUGCUGAUAUCGGUGUAUUGUAAAUCUCAUACAGAAGCAAAUUUUGUAGCCACAGGAGCGUUUUAUCCCAUGAUUAUAUUGUGUGGUCUACUGUGGCCCUUGGAAGGUAUGCCUAAGGCCUUACAGAGUGUUGUUCUCUACUUCCCCUUUACCCUGCCCUCAAUAUCGGCCCGUAAUAUCCUGGAGAAAGGAUGGGAUAUUACAAAUAUCAAUGUCUAUGGUGGCUUCCUAGUCAUGGCUGCUUGGAUUAUCAUAUUCUUUACGCUGUGUAUGGUGGGUCUGAAGCGAAAGACGUAGGCUAAGAGGUGGAUUGCUAUUGUAGAUACCUAGGCUAAUUAAAUUAAAGUAUUUUUUAUGAUUUUUUUUUUUUUAAAUAUUACAUCAGAUUCUCGCAUAGUUUAUCAUUCACAAAUUUUCAUUAAAACAAAAAAAAAAAAAAUACACACAAACAAAAGACAUUAGUUAUUUAUAAAAUUUAAUUAGAAAACAAUUAUUUAACCAAAAACUUAAACAUACAAAACAAAUAUUUAGAACAGGUAGCCAAGUUCCAAACUUAGAAAACAAUUCGAAAAAUUAAACAUCAUGAACAUUAAUUUCCCCAUCUUCAUUGCCAACAUAAAAAUUGUUCAUUAAAUUAAUUUUCUCGCUAUAAUCUCAAAAUGGGUACCAGUUUUUGUACAUUUUUUCUUUUUUAUAUAGCAUAUAUUUUUUUAAAUAUUUAGAAAUCAAAUUUCAUUUUAGCAUAGUCUUUUUAAAUUUUUCUGUUUUUACAUUGGAUAUUUAUAAAUAUCGUAGCAAUUUCAUUAAUGGUU